ACACUUUCACACUUUUCAAACACACACACACACACGCGCUGGGAAGUUUGGCUCUGGAACUGAUUAUAGACCGCAUUUUACACACACACGUGCACACACACUCACACAACAGCAGCAUUAACUAUGCACUCUCUUUUAUUUCUCAUGUGCACAUCUUGGCUGGUGUUAUUUCAGGAAUCUCAAGGGCUGCCUGCAAAUCCUGAACCAGAUGCAGAAUUCAUUGAAGAGGCAACGGCUGACGGUUUUAUAGUUGCUACUAAAGAGCCAACCAAAACUGAGAAAGCCCAGGAUAAUAACGUUGCCAUUAUUACCCAUGACUCACAAAACCCAGAAGCAAAUCAUUCCCAGUUUCAGAAAGAUAAUCUGCCAAAGACAACCAUAGCCAAAACCCCAGAGGCAAGUCCCGAGCUCACCAGUGAAAAUACUAACCAACUUGUGGCCGUUACCUCAAUCCAAACCACUACAUUGUUCUCUAAAGAGCAAUUUGAGGGUUCUGCAGAACUGGCUGUCGAGGAUGGUUCAGGAGAGACUCUCAACGAAACCCGAGACAAGGAUCUCCCACUCACCACCACUCCCACCACUCAUUCUGGAGAUCGCACCAUCUCUACACGUGUGCUUGUUUUAUCAGAAAAGGACAAAGAAGCAGAGAUCGGGUCUGAAGACCCUACUUCAAAUCAGCUGACAACGACGGCAAGCGUGAUUGUAGAAGAAGUAAUUUUGGAACGAAAAAUCGACGAAGUAGCUGCGGAAGAAACGGUGAACGAAGGUAGUCUAGAUCCUGCAAAGGAAGUGACUUCUAAGCCUGAAACCCGACUCAUUAAUAUUCCGGGACAUGAUCCAAAACCUGCAAUCAAAGAAGGCACACCUAGUUGGCUGCUCAUCUUAGCAUUAUGCCUGACGCUUCUAGCUGUGAUCUGCGUUUUUGUCGCGAUCGCCACCAAAGACAUGUGGUUUGGACCCAGCAGCCAAUGCUUCAACCUCAAGUCCACAGAGUCCAAGAAGCAAGAGGAAUAUAACAAAGCAACAAUUCCCACGCUGUCAGACAGGGAAAAGGUGGCGCUCAUGAGCAUACAAAGCAAAAGGGACUCUGCCAUCAUCAGCAUUGAAGAAACUCCGGAAAAGGAAUAUCUGAUGUAGAACUUGUGAAACAGAACCCUGAGCCCUGACCACUAAACAAACAUGAGCUAAAAACCAAAGUGAUUUUUUUUUUUUUUUUGCAGGAUAUUUUCUCCGAGCUCAUACUAUGCAGUGCUCGGGCCGAUUUUCAUCUUUAAUGAGCUUUUCGUAUUUCUUUACUUCUUCCUUAGAUUUAAUCACAAGCAUGAAGUUGCACUUUUUCUUUAUUAAACUGUUUUGAUUUAAGGAGAAUUACUGUUGACUUAAUUGCAGUGAAUCACGAGAUAAUUGCUAGUUAUUAAACUCUUAAGAACCGCUAUUACGCUAUUAUUUCCUAAUUAUUGCUAUUAGCAUUUGUAAGUACUGUGUACUAAAAUAUCAUUUUUAGAUCAUCAAGCACAAAACAAUCAAAUCCUACUUGCAUUUGGCAUUCAUGGAGUUUAUAUAAUGUAUAUUGUAUAUAUAUAUAAAAUACACCUGUUCGUGAAAAAAAAAAACCUGUCCUUAUAUAGUUGUAUGAUGUACGAUGUAUAAGAACCGUAUAAACAAAAACAUGAGAAAUUGUAAUUCUACCGGUCCCUUUGUUAACAUUUGUCUUUCAAUCCCGUCUGGUUGGUGAGGUGGAUGAGACGCUGUCUUUGGUGAUGAGAAAUAAAGAAUUUGAUGAGCAA